CAAUUGCUGUCAUCUUUAGUAAUCGAAUACCAUGAAUCGAGCGAGACCCACUGGUUUCUGAGACAACAGCAUCAUCGUUGUACCACCGUGAAUCCCUUAAAAAACAAUAUCUAAUAUUUGUUAAUAUUUCACCAAUAUUUCAUAGUUGCCGCGGCGGAUCUGUGCGUAUUACACUGUGUCAAUAAAUAGGUGGUCUCUGGCUCAAUAAUGGUUUUGACCGGACAUUACGUCGGGCUUUUCUAGUGGUGUAGGAUUGACAGUGGUGUAGGAUUGAUCAGUUGAUGGAACGACAAACAAACAUCAAAUGUUCCCUGACAGAAAUAUAAAUACAUCAGAGAGAGAGAGAGAGAGAGAGAGAGGGGACAGAUAGAUAGAGAGAUAGAGAGAUUUCAGGACUAACAAAUGGACUCUAGCAGUGGAAGGAAACCGGAGAAAACCUACGAGGUAAAGAUGACGCUAUUGUUCUAGAAUCUGACAGAAGAGAUGGACGAUGUUUUAAUCUACACAAAUGACCUUCAUCUAGUGGAUCGCGCCAAGAGUGUGAAUAUUUAAAUUAAGGUUUUGGUUCGUCACAAUUUGAUCACGAUGACGAGCGGACACGAUACACCUUCAAAGGAUCACUUACUCCUUCACCCCAGUCCGGAUUAUGCCGGUUCACCGGAUUGGGGUGAUAUCCGUAAGAAUCGUAGACGGAGUACGAUGCACUCGUACAAUCUGGUGAAUUAUCACACACUUCCGGACGAUGUUCGAACGUUGACGGCUGUGAAGAAUAUGACAGAGACUAAGGCCAUCAAGAACACGCUGGUCGUUAGCGUUGCUUUUAUGUUCAUGUUCACAGCCUUUGUCUCCCUACAGAGUCUCCAGAGCACCUUGCAUCCGGAUGGUUUGGGUUUAGUGUCACUGAGUUGUAUAUACGGCAGCACAGUGUUCUCGUGUCUGAUCGCGCCCUGGUUGAUAAACAAACUGACCACCAAAUGGACAAUGGUCAUUGCGUUUGUGCUAUUUACUGGGUAUGUCGGAGCUAAUUUUCAUCCGACACAUUACGUCCUUAUUCCUAUCGGAGUGGGAUUAGGACUUCUUGCAGGACCUCUGUGGAGUGCCCAAGCUACUUACAUUACAACGUUAGCUGUAACGUAUGCCAAACACAUGCAAAUAGACGAAUCCGAACCCGUCAUCAACAAAUUCAUGGGAAUAUUUUGCGGAUUUUAUCGAAGUAGUCAAAUCUGGGGGAACUUAAUCUCGGCGCUGAUCUUACGGACAAACAGCACAGAAAGUGUUGUUGACAUGUAUGAAAACAUUAGUUUCUCGCGACAUUGUGGUGCUACAAAUUGUGAUUAUAAUUCGGAUGUGGAUGGAACUUACAACAAUGGUUUCACGUCGUUUGACAUCAUCAUCCCAGAAACGACUAAAUACAUGCUGUUGAGUAUCUAUCUCGGAUGUGGCAUCAUGGGCACAGUGAUAUUAGUGGUGCUGCUGGACAAGACUAAGAUAGGUAAAACGGAAGCCGAUCCUGAAUUUGAUCUGACAUCCACGGAGAUCUUGAUCUCCACCUUGAACAUGUUUCGUGAUCCCAAGUGUUUACUGUUGAUUCCGCUGGUUCUGUUUGUCGGGUUAGAGCAAGGGUUUAUCUUUGGCGAUUUCACCAAGUCGUAUGUAAACUGUACAUUGGGUAUUGAUAAUAUUGGACCGUUAUUAGUUUGUUUUGGAGCUGUUAGCGCUGUGUCAUCAAUAGUCAUUGGAUGUAUAGCCAAUCAUAUUAAACGAUUCGCCUUCAUCACAGCCGCAGCUUUCUUUAAUGUUGGUAUACUCAUUGUCUUGUGGUUAUGGCGCCCUCUACCGGGGGAUAUACCAAACUUCUACGUCGUUGCUGGAUGUCUGGGACUAUGUGAUGCAAUAUGGCAAACCCAAACUUACACAUUGUUUGGUGUUUUGUUUACACAUAAACAGGAAGCCGCCUUCGCGUCAUACCGGAUGUUUCAUGCUACAGGAUGCGCAAUAGCGUUUGGUUACAGCUACUUCCUGUGUGUGGAAACCAAGGUUUACAUCCUUGCUGCUGUCCUUGCUCUAGCUCUGGCACUCUACAGUGUUAUAGAGAUGAAGGUUCAACUCCAGAGUCAACACAUGCAGGAUAUAGUAGCACUAUGAUUCCUGUACUUUAACAACACGUAAACAGCAAUAAUCGACAAGAAUUGUCAGGACAUCGAUCUAGACUACUCGUGUACAAGGGGAUUCAAUAACUGACAGUUAUCUGACUGAUUGAAGCUUAUCGGCUAUUUAUUCAAUUAUAUCCUGCUUAUUGACUUGUCAUCUUUAAGUAUAUUGGUUUUGUUUUGAACAAAUUCAUAUUCUGUGUUUUUAUAUAUUGAAAGGACAAAUAUACUUAGUUAUUCCACUGGCGUGCAGGGGCUUGGUGAUCCCCGGGGGGGGGGGGGGAGCUCCUUUUAUUGUCCCCCCCCACCCCAAGUCUCAAGUAUAUGUCCCUAAUACACACAAAUGUGAGAAAAGAAGACAUUGUAAAUGUGAAAAACAUAGGACAGCUUGUACCACGGGGUAAUAUCAACAUGGGACAGCUUGUACCACAGAGUUAAUAUCAAAUGUCUAAAACCUUAAUUUAAUUUCACCUUUUGAUCGGGGAGAGAAAUGGGGUUUAACGUCCACUCGACACAAACUAGGUCAUUUCGGGACUAACAUAUGGUUUUAUUUCCAUAAUUCGCUUGCGCGUAGGGGUCUUUAGCAGUGGGAGGAAACCGGAGGACCCGGAGAAAACCCACGAGGUUGGACAGGCGACCCUACUCCUUGUCACGUACAACCGGGGAUUCGAAACCACGCCAGUUGACUCAAUGACAGACUUAAUGAUGCAGCGCGAACGUGCUAACCAGUAAGCCAUCCACCCCACCCCACCCUUUUUGAUCGGAUGUCUUCCUGGCAUGGAUGCCAGGGUCCACCACUUUCUCUGUCUUCUCUCUGCCCCCACCCCCUCUCUGUCACCCCUCUGUCCUUCUCUGUCACCAUCUGUCCCCUUUCUGUCCCCCCAUGUCUUUCUUUGUUACCUCUUGCCCUCCCCACGCCCACCGUCCACUCUCUGCCCCACUCCCUCUGACACCCUCUCCUCACGUUACUGAGUUAUUUGGUGAUUUUCCAUUCUCGUGUUGAAGACAUAGUGUGACUACAGUAGAUUCAGGCAUGACUUAUCGCAGUAGUAAAAGACUUUCUGUCAACACCGAGGAUAAUUUAUCGCCAACAGCCCGAGUUCUCAUGGCUAGGUCUACACGGACAUUGCCGAUCAGUCCACGGAGAUCGCCGAAGAGUGCGCGGAGAAUACCAAGGAGAUUGUUGUGGCACUCGGGUGAUACCUGAUGAGGCGCCAUUAUAAUAAAUUGUAAAUUUGUAAUGUUUUGCUAAUUUAAUAACAAUUACAAAAGUUCUACUAUGAACUGAUUUGUGACAUUAUCGGCGCCCUCGUGGAAUCGUGACGUCAUAUCAAAAAUCUAAGCCCAAAUAAAUGAAAUUAAAUGGGGUUUAGCGUCCUACUGUUCCGCUCAGACUGUGCAAAGGCCAACGAGAAGACACGCUAAGAUUCAAGCCGAUUGUAUUUUUUUAAAGGCACUGUAUGGAGUCAUGGACCCCAGCUCGUGGUUUAAUAUUAUAAACGUUUAUUUGAAUAUUCCAAGACAUUUAUAUUUAGCAAUUUAUGCUUUAACUUUUAUUGUUUGGCCUUAUUAAAUCUGCUAUUAUGCUUAACAGUUUAUUUUUCAGCUUUUAUUGUUGAACUGUCAAAUCCUUUAUUAUGAUUUGUCAAAGUAGAGAUAAACGAGCCGGUGGUGCCAGGAAACUGUACUAGGGGUUGGGGAAGGGGCUCCGCUAGAAACUUUUCAAAAUAUCCUGAAGAAUUGACUGUACGAUUUAAUGUUUGUCGUGUAUAAGAAAUACACAGAAAUAAUUUCAUCUUAGCUUCGAAUGAAAGGUUACGGGGGUAUGGCUCACAGUGAUUCGAACGAAAAGUCCGUUGGAUGGUGUCAGAUUUUAUCCGCAUCCGACGCAUAACCAUGGGAAAUUGCCAGGUAAUUCAAGUUUGCUGUAAAUUGAGCUGGACUCCAGCAAAUACCGCAUUUAAGACUCUAUUUGUUUUUCUAAUUGAUUGUGUCGCUAUUUUAUGUAAAUUUUUCUUAAUAAAUAUUAUAAUGAAUAA